AUGGUUGGGGAUCAGCCUCAAUGUCCACCUCAGCUUCUACUGCGGGGCUGGGGAGCAGUGCUGCUGUCUCAAUGCUUGUCUUCCGUGUUCUCCCAGAUCCCGGAUCCUGAGCUAUUACCCACUGAUCCCCCAAAGAAGCCGGACCCUGUGACCUCAGAGACUGUUGUUUUCUGGGGGCUGCGUUUAUGGCAGGUCAUUGGCAUCUUUGCAGUGUUUGUUUUGGCAGUUGUCAUCACUCUGUGUUGUAUAUUCAAAUGUCGAAUCCCUAGAACCAAAAAGGAAAUAGAGGCAAGGCACGCGCAACGUCAGGCCGCCAAGAAAUAUGCCAACACAUUAGAGACAGUGCCACCUCUGAAUGAGCUGACUGAGAUCCCAGGAUCUGCGAAAGCAGAAGAAAAGGCGGAGGUGACAACAGUCUCUGGGAAAGUGGAUGGGGAUAAAGGAGAGAAGAAGACCAAGGAGGGCAAGAAAGAGGGCAAGGGUGCCAAAGAAGGGAGGAGAGAUGAAAACGAUGCAUCAAAAAAGAAGGGUGAAAAAGGUGAAAAGGGAGCAUCCAAGAAAGAAGACGGUGAAGGAAAAGGGAAAAAAUCUGGAGAGAAGGGAGACAAAGGGGGAAAAGGAGAGAAAGGAGGCAAAGGAGGGGCUAAAGGGGGAGCCAAGAAAGCUCAAAAGUGA